AUGGCGUUUGCUGAUCCUGUCAUCGCGUGGCUGCAGCCCUACGCGGAUGCGUACGGCAUGCACCAUGCACCCGCCCACUUCCCUACGCUCGUGCGCUCGGCGCUGCUGUGGUUCGCCAUCCAGACGCUCUCGUCGCAGCUCUCGCCGCGGUUGCUGCCCAAGACAUUUGCAAAGUUCAACCGCAAGACGCGCAUCUCGUGGGACAUCCACGUGGUGUCGUUCGUCCACGCUGCGCUCAUCACGCCGCUCGCCGCGCGCAUCUGGUGGAAGGCGCGCCAGACCAACGCGCUCGGGCUGCACACGCAUCCGCUCGCCGUCGACCGCCUGUACGGCUACGACUACGAGGCGGCGCAGGUGUAUGCCAUCGCCCAGGGCUACUUUGUAUGGGACUCGGUCGUGUCCAUCCUCCACGAGGGUCCCGGCUUCAUCGCACACGGCCUCGUGGCGCUGAUUGCGUUCACGCUCGUCUACCACCCGAUCUUCAUGUACGACGGCAUGGGUUUCUUGCUCUGGGAGCUCUCGACGCCGUUCCUCAACAUCCACUGGUUCUGCGACAAGCUCGGCAAGACCGGCUCCACCGUGCAGCUCGUCAACGCCGUGUUCUUGCUCUCCACCUACGUCGGCGCGCGUCUGACGUUCGGCGUGUACAACAGCCUGAGCUUCUUCAAGUUUGUCGUCGCACCGGCCAAGCCGCACCACCCGCCCAUCCCGCUGCGCCUCAAGACGUUCUACAUGGUGGGCAACGUGAUCCUCAACAGCCUCAACUUUUUCUGGUUCCGCGCCAUGGUGCGUGCGGUGCAGAAGCGCUUCACGGUCAAGCCUAGCCCGGACUCGAAGAACGGCAAGCUCGAUGCGCAAAAGGUGGUGCGCGGCCAACAGGGCAUCAAGCUUGGCGUGCAGGACAAGGACGACGAGCAGUUCUGGCAGGAGGCGGGCGCCAAGAAGGCCGGAAAGGCGCAGUAG